UGUGACAAAAUAGACCAUUGUUCUUCAUGACAUUGCGUUUACGCUGUUGCUCCUUCCCUCCCCAACCUCACUGAAACAGAACGUUACAAAAAGCACCCGCGCCACAAUCAUGUUUUAAGAACCAAACAGAGUACAAGGAGAGAAGAGAAACAACAAAGUACAGAAACGCCAAAAACAACCGAAUCAAACCGAACCCGAACCGAACCUUGUUGUCUCUCUCUAUAUGUGAUUUUUCUUCUUCCAUAACCUCCUCUCACCACCUACGUCGUCGUUUUAGGGUCUUCUUUCAAUUCAAGAACAACCAAGGUUCCUGCCACUGUUCCCAUGGUUUGUUGAUCGUCAGGAAGAGCUCCAUCUUUGUAGUGGUCAGGUACCUGCUGCCAUUCUGUAAAGAAAGAUGUGAGAGAGUUUAACCUGUUUCGUUGGAAUCUGUGCCACUUCUGAUGAUAUGUGUUCGCAUGCAGACAAAGUCAUUGGAUUUCAAACUUUGUGAUACAAUGAGUAUGUCUUCUGCAACCAAGGGUGAUAGGAAGGCUGCAAUUGAUGUGGCGUCGUGGAUGUUCAAUAUAGUCACAUCUGUGGGGAUAAUCCUUGUGAACAAAGCCCUCAUGGCUACAUAUGGUUUCAGCUUUGCAACAACGUUAACUGGUUUGCAUUUUGCCACAACUACCUUGCUGACACUCUUUCUUAAGUGGCUGGGAUAUAUCCAAAGCUCUCAUCUUCCCUUACCCGAUCUUAUCAAAUUUGUCUUAUUUGCAAAUUUCUCUAUCGUCGGAAUGAAUGUGAGUUUAAUGUGGAACUCUGUCGGUUUCUAUCAGAUUGCUAAGCUGAGUAUGAUUCCGGUAUCUUGUUUCCUGGAAGUUAUCUUGGACAACGUACGAUAUUCAAGGGACACAAAGCUUAGCAUUUCUCUAGUUCUCCUUGGUGUAGCUGUAUGUACUGUCACUGACGUGAGCGUCAAUGCUAAGGGUUUCAUAGCUGCUGCAGUUGCAGUUUGGAGCACCGCACUGCAGCAGUAUUAUGUGCAUUUUCUUCAGCGGAAGUAUUCUCUUGGAUCGUUUAACUUGUUAGGUCACACUGCACCAGUACAAGCCGCAAGUUUACUGCUAGUAGGUCCCUUUGUGGACUAUUGGUUGACAACCAAACGAGUGGAUGCCUACAACUAUGGUUUGACAUCCACUCUGUUGAUCGUUAUCUCUUGCACCAUCGCAGUAGGGACAAACCUGAGCCAGUUCAUCUGCAUUGGCAGGUUCACAGCCGUAUCCUUCCAAGUGCUUGGCCACAUGAAGACAAUUCUGGUACUGGCCUUAGGAUUUGUUUUCUUUGGAAAAGAAGGUCUGAAUUCACAAGUGAUUCUGGGCAUGGUCAUUGCAAUAGCGGGAAUGAUAUGGUAUGGCAAUGCAUCUUCUAAGCCAGAAGGGAAGGAGCGUGUCAGUUUGCCCGUUAGUUCUACCCCCAAGACACAAGACUAUAAUGUACUAUCAGUAUCUUCUGAAACGGAUCAUUAAACAUAGACAUAAGUUUAUGUAAAUAAAGUGGUGUUACCAUUGCAUGGUAAAACCAGGUUCCCUUUUGGGUCAGAUGAUUCAUGUUCUUGUUUAAAAACUAGAAGCAAAUUAUUUCCCAUUUAGUUCAA